AUGUCUGAUAGCGAUAACGAAAACAUGUCUGAAAUUGACUUUCAAAAGUGCCGAAUACCGGAUCUUGAAAAAGCUUUGUCACAGCUAAGAACAGAGUCACGACUGAGCGGUCUCCCGGAUACACAAGAUUCAGCUCAAGCAAUGACCAUCAUCAAUCAUUCUACGCCCGACUCUGCCGCUGUAGGCGGUGAAGCACGACAUGAAGUGUCAUUUGGCAAAGCAUCGCAGUCAAAGCAUGACGCGCAUGCGAUUACUAUUUUCCAGCAAAACAACCCCUUAGAUCUAUCGGAAGACUCUUUUGCGGGUCGUAUCGGCCAACUGGCGAAUGCGACAAUCUCCCGCCCUACCUUAUUAAAGGAUAUUGCGAAAUCACCCACCGCAGCCGCAGCCGCACAAGCCAUCUGCGAGGCUGCCAACGGCAUUCAAUCGAGGCUAUCUCUAACAUGGGACGUUAUUAGGCAAGCUGGUUGCGAGGAUGACCUUGAUUGGGCUUUGCAAGCGGGUAGACCGAGCUUGGAUAGCAUUGAUAGUCUCCUCAAUCGCUACAAAUCCUUCGCUUCUGAAUUGACCACGGCAGUUGAAAACUUCAACCUGCGCGAAGAGUUUGAAAGUCAUACAAAGCAAAAUGUGGUUACAAGUCCAUCCGAGAAGGCUACUGGUCUUUUUGAAAACCAAGUAAAGCGAGCACAGCAAAAUUGGGCCCAACUCUGUGCCGCUUUGAAGUCGGUUAAGGAAAAAAUCGAACUCGCUCUUGAAUGGGACGAGCUCUGGCAUACCGUCGUUGGUGAUAUCGAAGCCGAAACCGAUGCUCUUACAGAUCUGGUCUUUGUAAUGGAGGAGCGGAGACACGCCUGGCUGUCGCACAGUUCUGUUUCCGCGCAAAAUGGGGAAGAAAUGGCUAUUGAUUUUGACUCCCUUGAAUACAAAACUCAUCGUCUCAGCGUUCCUUCACCAUAUCCCAACGCGUCGGGCGUGACUCAGCCGCAGCCCAUUCCCGCGAAUGAUUCAAAUCUUCUGGCCCUUUUUGCUCGCCUUCAACCUUUAAGAGCAUCGCUCGACUUUUUGCCCUUCCGACUCACAGUCUUCCUUGAGCGAGCAAAGUCGAUUUUCCCGUCCGCUUGUGCGCUCCUUGAAGCCAGAGCCCAGGGCGUCGAGGAACGGUGGGCUAGACUGCACUUGGAUACAGAAGCGCUCAAAAAGGAGGUUGGGGAGGACCGUUACUUGGUAGCGUUUAGGUCGGCAUUCAAGCAGGCUCGACAAUUGGCGCAGUCAAUUGAUCGAGGCAUCUCGAAGCUAAUGGAGAGCAUUGGCAGCGAGAUGCAGAAGAGCAAUCCGACUUUCUACAGGGACCGCCUCUCGGAUUAUCAGUCCAAAAAGGAGCACUAUGUUCCUUCGAUCCUAAAGGUCAUGUCGAUCAUGAAGGAUGCCAUGAAGGACAGGGCUUCAGUUAGUCGUGAGGUCAAAAAUCUUGACGCCGAAAUCGAAAAAGUGUGGCUAAGAAUCAACACCAAAAUCCAACAAACCGACAAGGCUGUUGAUGAGGUCUACGUCAAUACAAAAGGGAUCUCUACCAAUACUAACGACGUAUUAAAUGUCAAGCCUCCCGUCCGUGAUUCGAGAAACGGGGCCGCUACCCCUUCGUCGUCUCUUUCCCCCAUGGAUUGUUCCAAAUUCACCGAUAAACUCUCAGAACCCCUCACGCCGGCAACCACUGUCGACACUGAGGAUGGCAGCCUGAAGCAUCCCACUCCUGGCCACACCUCACCGAAAUUUUGCGUACCCCGGCCUACCACAAUUACUCCGACCGGGACUGCCUACUAUAGCAGAAUUCCGCGACCUACUCCUAACUCGCGUGCUCUCACCUCGGACGCAAGUGCACCUAGCAGCAGGAAAUUGUCUCUUGAUAGCGACGUAUCGGUUCCUUCAGUCGCAGCUAUCACAAACCAUUCUAUCCCGAGUCUCCGGAAAUUUUCGUCUACCUCGUCAAACAGACGACCAUCUCUCAGCUCGUCCGAAGGUGGCAGCUCAAUAAGACACUCGGGACCUACAUCGGGACCUAAGCCAAGAUGGGCCUAUAGUUUCAAUCCGAGAGGCCUGAAGGUUGGCAAUCAACUCAGAUCCUCGGGGCUGACAACGCCGUCGCCGUAUCACAAAUACAAUAUCCCACAGCUAGGUACGCCUACUGCGGCACGGUCAUCCUCGUCACUUGCUGGUGGUUCGCCGUCUGCAGUUCGGCAUCCUCUCACUGCUGCUAAUCUCGAACGCGGCCGCGUUGGGUCGCCCGCUCUAAUUUCGCCACCUUUUAUGAUAGAAGAAUCGGCAGUUGGAGCAAGCUUGGCCUCCCGACGCCCAUCCUAUGCCCACCUACAUUCCUACUCGCAUACCACCCGACCUGGACCGGGACCCCUGACACCGCGCUCAUCAUUUGGUACUGAAAUACAGCGGCCCAUUAUGCUGAAAAAGCGCGCAUCUGCUGCUCAUCUUGGCGGGGGAUCUGACUACUUUGGUGCUAAUCGAUCAGUAUCCCAAGUACGUGAACGUGAGGCUGCCCUUUUUGCUGGUAGACCGUCCACCUCCAUGGGCAGACACUCCAAUUUCAAAGCGGGCCCUGCUACUUCGUCUCUGACGUCGGGCCCCGCGUUUUCUCCUGCAUCCUCCUGGAUGGCGCGCUCUCGACGAUACAGCAAUUCCAACGGCAUCGGCAAUGGGAGAAACAAGCGAGCAAGCUUGAUUCCUCUGCCCUCUCCGCCAGCUGUGCAGUCACCGCCGGCCAUCGAACUCGAUAUGCCGGUUCAAACUCCGCCUUCUAUGCUGGCUUCACGCAGGUUGACUAGCCGUGCCUCUUCUUUUCUUGGAGAAAAGCCAAAGUGGCGUUAA